AUGAUCAAACCAAUUAAUAUUGCACUAUAUUGUUUUCUAGCAAUAUUGCUAAUGGUUAUCAAUCAUUCACUUGCUCUCAUUACUCCUCGUGUUACUCUUCCGAGAAUGGUGAGCACAAAGCAAGGAGAGGAAUCAUGUUGUUUACCUCGAAAGAUUUCCCUUCAGGGCUCUAUUUUCCAAGUAAGCUAUGAAGGAAAUAUGACCAAUACCUUCUUUGGUACAUGGAUACUCAAUAAUGAUCUUGAUAAUGGAAAGGCAAGAUCUGAUUUGGUGUCCUCCAACUCGGGACCGAAUGUCACCACAGUAUCAUAUAGAAAUGGGCAAAAUACUUUUACCUAUACCUACAUUCCAGGUCAAACAUGUUAUUGUGUUAAAAUAAUCAAUGCAGAUUGGAAUAGAAACUAUUGCACAAGUAGUGGAAGACUUUUGGAACAAUCGAAUGUCGGAUUCAAUAAGGCAAACAAGUAUGGCUUUGAGAAUGUUGUGGCUGGAAACAAGUAUAUUGACGCUAGUUAUUAUUGGACUAUACCAGUUGAUCAAAAGACAUGUAUCUUCGUGAGUAAUGUUGAAGCAAUUGCGCAAUCAAUUGGAACUUUCUCAAAGAAUACUCAAUUCUAUGGAGCCAGUUAUCAAGUAGAUCCAAAACUAUUUGUUAUUCCACAAUAUUGUCCACCAGAAAGUCAAUGUCCACUUUAA